CCCGCGCCCCCUUCUCGCUCCGCAGCCCUGACAGUAUCUCCCGCGCCGCGACAGCUCUCAAACCUACUUUGGGGUCUUAAAACGAAACCGUACACCAUUUCACUGUGGACAUUACACCCUCUUACAGAUAUGGGAGACAUGGGAGACCCACCAAAAAAAAAACGCCUGAUUUCCCUAUGUGUUGGUUGCGGCAAUCAAAUUCACGAUCAGUAUAUUCUGAGGGUUUCUCCGGAUUUGGAAUGGCAUGCGGCGUGUUUGAAGUGUGCAGAGUGUAAUCAGUAUUUGGACGAGACCUGUACGUGCUUUGUUAGGGAUGGCAAAACCUACUGUAAAAGAGAUUAUAUCAGGUUAUACGGCAUCAAGUGCGCCAAGUGCAGCAUCGGCUUCAGCAAGAAUGACUUCGUGAUGCGCGCCCGCGCCAAGGUGUACCACAUCGAGUGUUUCCGCUGCGUGGCCUGCAGCCGCCAGCUCAUCCCCGGCGAUGAAUUCGCGCUGCGGGAGGACGGCCUCUUCUGCAGGGCGGACCACGACGUGGUGGAGCGGGCCAGCCUGGGCGCCGGGGACCCGCUCAGCCCCCUGCAUCCAGCCCGGCCGCUGCAGAUGGCAGCAGAACCUAUCUCUGCCAGACAGCCAGCUCUGCGACCCCACGUCCAUAAGCAGCCAGAGAAGACCACCAGAGUCCGGACUGUCCUUAAUGAAAAGCAGCUUCACACCCUGAGGACCUGCUACGCUGCCAACCCCAGACCUGACGCCCUCAUGAAGGAGCAACUGGUAGAAAUGACUGGCCUCAGCCCGAGGGUCAUCAGGGUUUGGUUUCAAAACAAGAGGUGCAAGGACAAAAAAAGGAGCAUUAUGAUGAAGCAACUUCAGCAGCAGCAACCCAAUGACAAAACCAAUAUCCAGGGGAUGACAGGAACUCCGAUGGUGGCCGCUAGUCCGGAGAGACAUGACGGUGGUUUACAGGCGAACCCGGUGGAGGUGCAGAGUUACCAGCCGCCCUGGAAAGUACUGAGCGACUUCGCAUUGCAGAGUGACAUAGACCAACCUGCUUUUCAGCAACUAGUUAAUUUUUCAGAAGGAGGACCCGGUUCUAAUUCUACUGGAAGUGAAGUAGCAUCAAUGUCUUCUCAGCUUCCAGAUACACCCAACAGCAUGGUAGCCAGUCCUAUUGAGGCAUGAGGAACAUUCAUUCAGAUUUCUGUUGUUGUUGUUUCUGCCCUUACCCUCACCCCUGCUGGAGAGAGUGGGAAAGUGAUCUUGUUGGGACUCCGAAAUUUAGGGGGGGAAGUAUUUGACAGCCCUGUAAUGAACCUAGCAAGGAACCGCUCCAUGAAAUGAACGGAGUCAUAUUUGAAAAGACAAGGUAAUAUGGUAGCAACACUGUGAAGACAAUCAUGGGAUCUUACUAGAAUACUUAAAAAAAAAAAGGAAAAAGAAAAAAAGAAAAAGAAACCCAACAACAAACCACGCGCUAUUCAAUGAUCAGAGGAGGAUUGAAAAGACGUUUUCAAAACUUACAGGAUUUGUACUCGUG